UCAAAGCAGGAAAGCAAGCAAGUUAGGGCUAGUCGUGGAUGGGAAAGCGCUCCUUCUGAGGAACCAUUUCCAAACCACAGUAUUUGCAUAUUUAGGUCACCUCGGCAGCGAGUGAGAGGGAGAGAGAAGCAUUAUUGGCGCAAAACGGCGAGGAUUAAUUUUUUCUAACCAGCCGCGGAAGGAGGGAGGGAGAGAGAGAGGGAAGGUUUCCCUUCUGAAAGGCAACAGCCCAGCCUCGCAGUUGGAAAACGGGGAACUUCGGGAGGAGCAGCCAGGGCUUCCUUCUGCUUUCCUUCCCUCCAGAGGAAAUUAAAAAGAGGAGGAGCCGAAGCCUGACGAGAAGCAAAAGUUCUGCAAGAGGCUUGGCGUGGGAAAGAAACUCGCCGCCUUCCUUCUUGGGAAGAAAUGCUUUCAUCUUGGCCCUGAAAUGGCUGCAUAAAUGACUGGCUGAAAGACAGACUGCAUAAUUCAUUGAAACCAGAAAUGUGGGAGAAGAGGGCAGAAGUGUUACCGAUUUCAGUAAGAUGGAAAAAAAGAACUGUCCAGAUUAACCAGUCUACAUGGUGACUGUAGGGGAGGAAAGAAGACAAAGAUCAACGCAAAAGAAUGAAGAGACAUAACUGGACCUACAGUUAUCCAAUAGGAAGGAGAUUCUUGCUUUUGUUUUUAACGGUGUGGCUUUUCUUGCUGCUAAAACUUCUCAAAGUUGAGCAACUGCUACUCUCUCACAAAGACAUUUACUUAGUCGAGCCUCUUUUAAGCACCUCAUCAUAUGUGAGAAACAAAUACACAAAUUUCAAAGAAGGUGGUCAGUAUGAAAUUAACUGUUCCUCCAUAUACAACCAGGAACCUGUGGAAAUUGGAAAGACUUUAGAGAUAAAGAGAAAAGAAAUUAUUGAUUUAGAUGAUGAAGAUGUUGUGGCAAUGACUAGUGACUGUGAAAUGUACCGCACAAUUAGAGGAUAUCACCUGAAGCCCAUUUCUCUAGAAGAGAAAACAUUCCCAUUAGCUUAUUCUUUGGUUGUUCACAAAGAUGCCAUAAUGGUGGAAAGGUUGAUUCAUACAAUAUAUAGCAGCCAGAAUGUUUACUGUAUCCAUUUUGACCAAAAGUCAUCUAGCACUUUCAAGCAAGCUUUGGAGAAUCUCGCUAAAUGUUUCUCCAAUAUUUUCAUUGCAUCCAAAUUGGAGGUGGUAGAGUAUGCCUAUAUCUCAAGGCUCCAAGCAGAUUUGAACUGCUUGUCUGAUUUACUUAAGUCUUCCAUUCCAUGGAAGUAUGUGAUCAAUUUGUGUGGCCAAGAUUUUCCUCUGAGAUCAAACUUUGAACUUGUAUCUGAAUUUAAGAGAUUAGAUGGAAGAAACAUGCUGGAGACAGUCAAACCAAGCACCAGUAAAAAGGAACGCUUUACCUAUCACUACGAACUCCAGAAAAUGCCUUAUGAAUACACAAAGGUGCCUGUGAAAACUAACGUCUCUAAGGACCCACCACCGCACAAUAUUGAAAUGUUUGUAGGCAGUGCCUAUUUUGUUCUAUGUCGCGCUUUUGUAGAAUAUGUUCUUGAAAGUCUCAUUGCUCGAGAUUUUUUUGAAUGGUCAAAAGACACGUAUUCACCCGAUGAACAUUUCUGGGCAACCCUUAUUCGGGCCCCUGGAGCACCAGGACAGAUCUCACCGGAAGCUCAGGAUAUCACGGAUCUUCAGAGCAAAACGCGUUUAGUAAAAUGGAACUACCUUGAGGACCAUCUCUAUCCUCCUUGUACUGGAACACACCUUCGCAGCGUAUGCAUCUAUGGGGCUGCGGAGCUCAGGUGGCUUAUCAACUCUGGGCACUGGUUUGCCAAUAAGUUUGACUCAAAAGUGGACCCUGUUUUAAUAAAAUGUUUGGCAGAAAAACUCACAGAACAACAGAAGGAAUGGGUUGAUUUGUCUUCUGAAAACUUCUUCAAACACAGAACCUCUUCAAAUACCUCAUAACAAUCUAUUGUGUCCAUGAUUGGACUCUGAGAUAUUUUUUUUAAAAAGGAAAUGAUUGCUGAAAUGAGCCAUAUCAAAGACACUUCUGUAAACUGCUUUCUGGUCUGUUUUGGUGGAAUCUAGAUUUGUUUCUAUUUAUGCAGCUCUAAGAGGUUGUCCCUAAUUAGGAUCCUUGGAGCAGUGGUGGAAACAUGGGAAUGAAAGACCAAAACAGUUCAGUUUUUGUUGGCUUAAUCCAGUGGUAUCCAAUCUUUUUGAAGAUAAUACGUUAUUCUAAAUUUGAUUGCCUUUUGUCAGCUGCAUUGCUUUACUCCUUGAAUAGUCCAUGGAAUCCCUCUAUGUUGUCACGCUGAAAGCCAGUGUGGUCCAAUGGUUUGACUGUUGGGCUACAAUUCUGGAGACCAGGGUUCAAAUCCUUGCUUGGCCAUAGAAUCGCCUUGGGUGAACCUUGGGCAAGUUACACGCUCUCAGCCUCAGAGGGAAAGCAAAGGCCUUAGGACAAAUCUUGCCUUAGGAGCACUGUAACUCAGAAAUGAUUUGAGGGCACUCAACAACAUCAACGUACUGACACGCACAUGCAGCUUCUUAAGGUUUACUGGUGUAUUAAUUUAAAAUUAGCAUUAAAAUUCUAAAAUUAUUUGUGAGGAAAAACCAUUAGAGCAAGGAAGAUUUUUUCCCCAGUGAAAAAUGCUGCAGAACAAUCAUACUCUCGACUUACAUGUAGAUGAGAUGGCAACAUAUGCACAUUUUAGCUUGUGAGCAGAAGUCUCCAUCUUUGCAAAAUCCCAUCCAGUUAAGUUCACCGCAAAUUUUCAAAACCACUGGCUUAACCCAUGUAAGGCACUGGUCAGAUUUUAUUUAUAUUCUGUGUAUUUACAGAACAUAAACUGUAUUCCCAGUCAUCCUGUAUUUUGUAUGGAUACCAAUGACUCCUAUACAUAGCGAGUAUAAAAAACAACAAAACAGAAUUCUACAUACUGCACUGAUAAAAAUGAAAUAUAUGUGGGAGGCACUGAAUACAAUCAGGAUCUUGAGUUUUAAAGUUCUAUGUCCUAUGCCUUUGGCAGAUUGUUCUAUCACUUCUGUUAUCGUGUGGCCAAAUUUAAAAGGGAGUUAUCUGGUGCUUACAGUUCUUCUGCGCACACCCUACUACUUUGAUCUUUAUAAUGGUUCAAAAUAUUGCACAUCUUAUUGCAGUCCUUAAUAGUGACAUUCCCGUGGUGUGUAAUCUUUUGAACCAAAUUGUUUGUAUCAGUGUCCAUAUUUUCUGUGCAAUAAUUAUCCCCGAGGUUUUUUUUCCAAAUGCUUUGUACUUUGGGAUGUGCUUUGUAUCUCUUCACUGAGGAAAGAGGGAUACGAGUGUUUUCUUUCCAGGUUACACUGACUUUGGUAGGAAUUCAGAAUUAAAAAUGCACUUCAGUUUUGCUAUUUAAACGCAGUCCUCGCUCCUUGUUGCUGUUGGCGAUUUGGUAUAAAUCUGUAUGGGCAACUUUAUUCCCCCUGCAAUCACUAUGGGCUGCAUCAGACCUGGUAAAAGGUAAAGGUAAAGGUUUUCCCCUGACAUUAAGUCCAGUCGUGACCGACUCUGGGGGUUGCUGCUCAUCUCCAUUUCUAAGCCGAAGAGCCAGCGUUGUCUGUAGACACCUCCAAGGUCAUGUGGCUGGCAUGACUGCAUGGAGCGCCGUUACUUUCCUGCCAGAGCGGUACCUAUUGAUCUACUCACAUUGGCAUGUUUUCGAACUGCUAGGUUGGCAGGAGCUGGGGCUAACAGCGGGCGCUCAUUCCGCUCCCGGGUUUUGAACCUGGGACCUAAUCAGACCCGAUAAUGCUUUAAAAAGGGUUUUUUAAAAAUCCAAAGCAGAAGUAACAAGAUGACCAUUUAUGGCUUUCUUGGUAGGCCCUGCAACAUCCCAGUGAAUAAACUGCCAUUCCUAGGAGUGUUUACUUGCUAGGGAAAAACUAUUUUUGGUGAUUUUUCCCCCCGCGGUAGGGAGUGGGGGCCCCUGUGGUUCCUUUGUAAACAGUAUUGCAGGACUAUAUGUAACCUGCAGGCAAACUUUCUCCAAUAUAAACCCUUUGAAUACUUUAUUUCAAACAUUUUCCAAGGGUUUAUAUUGGAAUGGCACUAAAGACCUUGAUGAUACAACAAGAAAAUACAGGUUUCCUCAAGUCAAACCUGUGCAAACCUUUUAAAUGUGUUUAAUGAUUUAUUUUAUUUUUACUUUAGCCUCUUCUGUUCUUUCCAGACUUAAAUGCUUUUCUCCCGUUCCAUAUGCCUGUGUGCAUGACUCAUACUAUAUUUUGACUCUUCUAUGAGUCUUUCUCCAAAGAAACAGAUUCCUUUCCCCAAGAAAACUAUUACUUCUUCCACAAUGUCUUGAUCAUUCUUAUAAUAGAGGUCUGAGAUCACAUCUAGAAGAAACAUAGCCUUAAGGGUGAAGCCUUUACAAUGUCUAUACAGUUCUCAAGUUACAAGCUUCAUGCUUCGUGUUCUUACUUUUUUAGUUAAGUAUAUAAUCCAUAGGAGAUAAGACCUGUAAAUGCAUGUGCAUACUAAGAAAAAUGUGAACUAUCCAUAUUUCCCAAGCUUUAAAUGCACUAAAGAAAUUUUUGCCUGAGGAUUGCACAAGAUUAUAUCUCUGCUGAAUCUUGUGUUUAAUCUUCAAACUUCUUAGACCUUUUUUCUGCAGUAUAGUUUUUAAUCUUUGGCUGAUUGUCUCAUACAUUUGGAAACCAAGUCAAUAUGUGGUGUUCGUAACACUGAAUGAGCCCUUGAUUUGCUACCUCCACUUUCUGUAUGCAGCUAACAUUGAUUUAAUGUAUGACAAAGAGUCUUUAUUCAUAGUUAUUUCUCCUUGACAUUGAACUGAUUGUAUAGCAUCUAUUGUUAUAGUGUGCCUUCAAGUCAUUUUCAAACCAUGGCAACCCUAACACAGGGGAGUCUUGGUAAACUUAAUUCAGAAGACAUUUGCCAUUGCCUUCUCCUGAGGCUGAGAGAGUGUGACUUGCUUCAGGCCACACAUUGUAUUACAUGGCCAGAAGGGAUUCAAACCCUGGUCUCCAGAGUCAAACCGCACAUCAUUUACAUUUGGUUGCUAUUGGACAAGUUGGCCAUAGUAUAGCUGCUGAAAAAACAUUUAAGUUUUUGGAUUAGUCGUAUGGGACACACAUAAUUCUUAUUUUGUGCAUAUUUGAGGUGUAUUUCUUGAAUACAAAUGGUGUGUCAUAUGUUUGAUGAACUGAGAUUUCAUUUACAUUCAUAUUGAAUUGCUGGGUCUUAUUUGGAAUUAAUAGAAUAAGAAGUGUUACAUAGCUGAGUGUUCAACAAAAAUAUUAUGAAAGAAAAUUUCAAUUUUAUAUUGGAAGACAAACCUAGUGACAAACAUGUCACUGUGGGCAUGUUGUCCUGUUAGUCCAGCUUUUCUAUAGUUUUUACAUAGCAAUUUUUCUAAUGCUUGAUUAGUCCUCUCCUUUCUCCAGGUAGGGGAUGGAAGUUAUCAAAGUUUAAUAAAAUGUAUAAUAUUAUCAAUGUAUAAUGAGGCUGAUUCAGAAAUGUGUCACAACAGGCAAAAGUCUGAGAAACAAACUCAACAUGGGAGUCCUUAAUUUUGUGGACUGGCAAACAAUGUUUGGGUUUUUUAUUUUAGACAAAAAGAGAAGCUAUUUACAAUAUGAUACAUGAUGCUGGACAAGCUGUUUUUCUCCUGUUUGUAUAAUACUAAAACUAGGACUUCAGUGAAAUUAAUUGACUGGAGUUUAUGGAUAGACAAAAGGAAGAACUACUUAGCAAAGGCUGUAACUUGUGGAAUUUGCUGUCAGAGGAAGUGCUAAUAGUCAGUAGCUUGGACUGCUUUUACAGAAGGAAUUGGAUCAAUUCAGAGAGGAUAAUUCUCUCCAUUUGUAGUCACUUAAUGACAAUUAGUGAGAGCUACAACACAAGAGUACUGUAACCUGCUUGUGAACUUCUUGGCUGCAUCUGUAGGGAAACAGGAUGCUGACUGCACUCCAUGGCUGAUUCAUCUGAGCCUGAAGGGUUUUUAUAUUCUUUUCCUUAUUGGUUAACAUGAGGGGAAACUUUUACAGAUGUUGUUUCUGCUACUAUGGCUUAGGCAUGCUUCACAUGAAAACCGAUCUGGCAGGAGCAAAGUACACUGACAGUUGAGUAGAAUAGGCUUGCCACUCAACACAAUGGGAUCCUUGUAUAGAGCGGCAAAGGCAUGCAUUCUGGGUCUGGUAACUUUCCUGCUUCUGUUUCUUUUUCUCUCCUUCCUUCUUCACUAUGCUAAGUAGCAGUAAUUUCUUUUUUUUUUUUUAAGGAAUAAUGUAAUGGCGCAGAAGGGGAAAAAAACUAUAAUAGUUUAUAGUCAGUGUGUCAUAACUUUCUUUCUGAACUGUCCAUGCUGCGGCAAUCUGUACUGGUUAUAAACUUGCUCAGGAGAGCAUUUAAGAAUGGAAUAGACUGCCUUGCAUGAUGGUGAACUCUCAGUGGAAGCAGAAGUUGAAUGGCGCUAUUCCUGAGUGUUUAGUUGUGUAUUCCUGCAUGCCAGAGAGUUGAAUUGGGUGUCCUUUGAGCACUGGACUCUGGCCACCGAGAUCUGAGUUUAAUACCUACUUGGCCAUGGAAACCCAUUGGGUGAUGUUGGGCAUAUCACACUCUCUUAGCCUCGGAGGAAGGCAAAGGCAAACCUCCUAGGAACAAGAAAAAGGCUCCUUCUUUGGGUCACCAUAUGUCAUAAAUGCCUUGAAGGUACAUAACAACAACUGAAGUAGGCUCCAACUGGAUCAACCCUUUCUGUCUUCAGCCUCACAGUAAUAAUAUUGGAUUCAGUCAUACAUGUGAUUAAAGUUAGUUAUGACAAAUGUGUUAAGUGGGCCUGGUAUAAGUAUGACCAAGCUUUCUUUUACACUACACAAUUAGAGCAUUUCAGACAGUACCACUUAACCGCAAUGGCUGAUGUGGAAUCUUAGUUGAGAGACUAGAACUGUCUGUCAGAAAAGUUAAGUUUCACAUUGAAGUACACAUUUUGGGAUUUGGUUAUAAAUAGUAGUAUCAAACUGCUAUAAUUUUGUAUAAAUGCAAUAGAACCAUAUGUCUGGAUUCAGUUCUGUGUCUGUGAUUCAUUAAUCAACCUUUCAAUUGCUUUAUUUGUACAUUUUCUUUCCCCCAAGGUGUUAGUAAGCAGAAUCUACAAUUUUCUUAAACUAGAUUUCUACACAAUGUUCAAAUAAAGAGGAGUCCAGAAAUUAACUUGCCAUAGGGAUGGAAAUAAUUUUAGUAAAUAUGUAUUCCCAGGCUGAAAGCAGGCUUCCUGAGAGACAGGCAACAUUGUCAGGAAAAAUAAUAGACCAGUAGGAAUUUUACAGAUUUUCUCUUGAUACCUGAUAUCACAAAAUGUUGUAGGAGAAUAACACUAAUUCAACCUCCUAUUUUCAUACGUUGUCAUAAUUUCUGUCAGUACCACCAGGAUGCGUGAGACAGGUGUGAGGCAAUUUGAUGAUCUUUGAUUUGCAGUGCUCUAUUUAUGGCACUAUCAUCGCAGGCUGGGUCUUUGGCAUAUAUUUUAAUGACUUUACACCAGCCAUGUUUCUUUUCAUAGAAUUUAACCUUCAAAGGAGUUAUUUUACAUUUUUACUUUAUUGCCUCUUUUAGGACCUCAUCCCAUGCAUUCUGUGCUGCAUUUCCAUGUGUUUCUAUGUACUUCCGAAAUGGAGUCCCACAAAGGCCAUCACAUGAUGCAAGGGCAUUUUAUUAUUUGUCCAAUUUUAUAUCAAUAUUUGAAAUUAUUGGUUGUUUACAUUGUCACAUCUUGCCUCCUCAGGGAUCCCUCCCUAAUUAGUGCUGUUUUCAUGGAAUACUUGCAAUAAGAAAGGUAUUACAGUAAUUAUAACUCUUAUUAGUUAAAAAUUUCCUGUUUUCAAAGCUCCGAAAGAAUAAUAAUGAUUAAUCAAGCAUUGCAAAAUUUUGCAUUGUAAGCUUUCAAAGUAUCCCGUGAUCAUGAAAAUGCUGUCCAACCUUAACCAGAUGAUGACACCAACUUUGUUGGUAAGCGUCCUUUAUUUUUAACAAUACAAAAUCAAGUUUUAGCUGUAAGAUUUUCCCCAUGAUGUAAGUUGAGUGCUCAGAGAAGCUACCAAUAGCUUAUUUUUUGUAGCUUUAGCUAUUACUACUUUUUGCCUCGCCCCACCCCAAAAAACAUGGGUAGUCACUACGAAGGGCAGGCACAUAAAAACUUGGCUAGAACACAUUGGAGUAAAUAGUCAGAAUCUUUGCUUCCAAUGACCCAUUCAGCCUAUAUUCUGGAAGAUAUAAGUGACUUGCACCUAUUUCUUUUUGCAUUGUGUCAGACUUCACACAUUUGAGUCAAAACACCUUCCAAAAACAAUUCUGUAUCUCCUAUGCUAAAAAUCUCCACAAAUAAGGUUCCAAGAAUCUCCAAAAGAACUGAAUGCAACAGGGACACAGACUAAGAGUUGUAAGUCACGUAUGAAUACAUAUUUAUGAGAAAUUAGCCCGCAAACUCUCCAGGUGCCUCCUGCAUAGAAACUGCCCAGGAGCUGGAGAAAGCUAUUUCUUCUAAAAUGGCAAUUCAGGACAUUCUGCAGAAAUGUUGACAAACUGGCAGCUUUGAAAGUAAUAUAGCUACCCAUCUGUAUUUAAUGGGCAUUUUUUUCUUGAGGUGAAAAUAAAAUGUCAGUUUCAUAAAGCAGUUUUUAUGUUGAGAAUGUCUUGCUGUUAGGCAACGUUUGUUUUGACUAAUUUGGGGUUGUACCUGGAUGUUGUGGAUGAUAAAUGUAAAUGUCAAAAUAAAUUUGAUGGGAGAUUGGUGUUGCUUCUA